UCGUAACGGAGGUUGCGACUGACGCAACUGAAUCAACGCUUGGAGUUGUUAGGAGGAACAGUCUAGAACAGCGUUGGCUGAAAUAGCAAAUAAACAUGCCUCGAGUCUACAUUGGACGUCUAAGUUAUCACGUCCGCGAAAAGGACAUUCAGCGAUUUUUCAGCGGAUAUGGAAAACUAAUGGAAAUCGACUUGAAAAAUGGGUAUGGAUUCGUGGAGUUUGAAGACAACCGGGAUGCCGACGAUGCCGUGUAUGAGCUGAACGGAAAGGAUUUGUGCGGAGAGCGAGUGAUCGUUGAGCAUGCUCGGGGCCCACGGCGAGACCGAGAUAGCUACGGAGGGGGUUACUGGGGCGGAGGGCGCAGUAGUGGUUACAGCAGCAGCAGCAGCAGCAGGAGCCGCUCUGGAAGGGACAAGUAUGGACCUCCAGUCCGUACAGAGUACCGCCUCAUUGUGGAAAACCUGUCGAGCCGCUGCAGCUGGCAGGACCUCAAGGACUUCAUGCGUCAGGCAGGCGAGGUGACGUAUGCCGACGCCCACAAGGAGCGGACCAACGAAGGGGUGAUAGAGUUCCGGACUCACUCUGACAUGAAACGGGCCAUAGACAAGUUAGACGGCACAGACAUCAACGGGCGAAAGAUUCGAUUGGUGGAGGACAAACCCCGCAAACGAAGGUCUUACUCUGGCAGCCGCUCCAGAUCUCGAAGUCGCCGCCGCUCCCGCAGCAGAAGCCACAGGAGCUCCAGGAGUCGCUCCAGAUCUCACUCCAGGUCUCGUUCCCGUAGCAACAAGAGAAGGCAUCAUUCUCGCUCGAGGUCUGAGAGGAAGUCUCGUUCCAAGUCGGGAGAACGGAAAUCACGCUCUCGCACCAAUAGAUCUCGUUCUGGGUCCCACAAGUCCAAAUCUCGCUCGCGCUCACAGAAAUCUCGUUCCCGUUCAGCCGACCGAAAAUCAAAGUCCCGCUCCAAGAGCCGCUCUAAGGUCAAGUCGGAGCGGGAUUCUCGUAGCAGAUCCAAGGAGAUGGAUGUUGGUGCUCGUGAAGACAACAACAAGAAGUCCCGCAGCCGUUCAGCUUCCCCUGUAGAGAACGGGAAAGAGGAGCGCACCACCAAAUCAGCGUCCCGCUCCCCGUCCCCACAGGAAGACGAACGCCGAUCUAAAUCCAGAGAGAAGCGCUCAGUGUCCCGCUCAGUCUCCCGCUCAAGGUCUCGUUCACGAUCUAGAUCAGCCUCUCAAGAUUAGAUGUGGAAAAUGUUUUCCCCCUCUUUUUUUUUUUUCCUUUUUUUGUGUUUUAUUAUAAUGCUGUAAAUAACGAGCAGUGUCACAGGCUUCUGCUUCCUUACCUUUUCUCUUCAGAGUGUGCUGUUUUGACAUGCCAUCAAUAAAUGCACAUUGUCAGGGCUGUUUUUGGAAACCUGCCUAUGUAAAAGAGGAUUUCUGAUCCUAAGUUUUGAGUAGUCUUCCGCUUGACUCAUUUUCUAGCCCACAGAUAAUUUUUAUUAUUAUUAUUUUAAGUCUGUUUUCAAUAGUCUUUUCUGGCUUUGUACGAACAACGUUAAUAUUCUUUGGUCACUGUUACCAGUAAAUUUGCCGUUUUCUUACUUUCCCCAGAUUAUAUGAGGACUUUUUUUUGUUUUAAGUUUUAUGAAGUGCACAGUUAUGAGUGAAUUGUUGAUACUGAUGCAGUUUUUUUUUUUCUUUUAUGGGCCUUUACAUUUUUUUUUUUUUUUUUUUGCGGGAGGACAGAAGAGCGUGUACUAUUAAACUUACUAAUUGCAUUGUGAAAAGUUUGUUGUACUUUUGAACAACUUGCGUUGUAGUUGGGUUAUCUUUUUUGAAAAAAUAAAAUUGUUCAUAAGCUGUGCUUGGAUGCAUUUCCCCUAAAUUCUUAGAGAUAUUGAGGCAAUGGUUAAAUUGAGAGAGAGUAGACAAUAAUGCUGAUAUACUUUCCUGACAAUAGCUGCUUCGGUUACUGCCCUAUUAUUCAGGUUAAUUUUUUUUACGCUUGUUCCUUUCUUUCCCCCCUGGUUUGAGGUGUGAUUCAGGUUAAAACAAUUGAAUUCAGAUAUUGUGCAUUUUUGUUGGUGUCGAAAUGACGAGCUGAAUUCAGCAUCGGCAUUUUUGUCCCAACAAUUUUAUUUCCCCCCUCAAUGACUAAAUGAAAUGUUUUUUAAAUUGUAUGUUCAAUUAAAGAUCUUAAAAAGAA